GAGGUGGUGGGGAGACCUUUCUUUACAUACUAGUCAGCUGAGCUGAGGCGCACGAGGUAGCCACCGAGCCACAUUUCCACGCAGAGCAAGAGAGAGAAGAGAUCGAAACGAAUCGUUUCUGAGAUGUCAUCGCACGGGAACUCAAACUCGGCCAACGAUCCGCGUAUGCCGUCGGCGGCGAAGCCAUUCGUGGCUCCGAUGGUGAACCCUCAAGAUCUCCCCGUCGAUUAUUCCGGCUUCAUCGCCGUCAUCUUCGGCAUCGCCGGUGUCAUGUUCAGGUACAAGCUAAGCUCGUGGCUUGCUAUCAUUUUCUGCGCCCAAUCGCUCACCAACUUGCGCAAUUUCGAAACCGAUCUCAAACAGGUCUCCAUGGCCAUGAUGUUUGCUAUUAUGGGAUUAGUCACGAACUACUUUGGGCCUGCUCGACCAGGCAGAAAAGGUUAAGAUUUCAUGGUUCACAUAGUCAAGACAAACUCUUUGAAGGCUCCGUUCUUCUGAUGGUGAUUUUUUUGUUGUUUUGGGGUAUACUGUUAAUGAAAUUUGUAAUUUUGCUUGGACACCUUCUGUGACAAUGUUAUUCAAAUUAUAUGGAUGCAGUUUUAGCUCUACCAUGGAAGAAGUGCUUCACAUAGCCCCCCUUCCCCCCCAAAACCCGACAAAACCUAAUGACAUUGGUGUACUAACUACCAAGACUAGUAGGCAGGUUGUAGCAUUACCUACUUAAUGAUUCAAGUAUCAAUAGAAUAAUGAAUGGUGAAAAUGCAUUUUUGGUUCUCAA